UCGGCGAUAUGCUCAAGGCAGUAUUCGCUGAUAAGGACGAGAUCAGAUUCGGAAUACACUCCCCCCCGCGAUUGCAACUCAGUCCAGUGGCGACAGUGUUGUAGAGCAGGCGCAUAGUGAGCGAAUGGCAAUGAGACUAGCUAUAUACAUCCUGCUGAUGUGCUGCUGCACACUAGAGGCAACCGUUCUCUCGUCCACUGCAAUUUGCGUGAAACCACGAGGGAAAAUAUGCUCCAUUAAUGUGCUUAACGAGGACACCAGUCGCCCCACGAGCCUACUUCCAGACCUGACCGACCGGGUCGAACUACAUGUGGUUUCAGGACAGGUGAAAGCCCUGACGGAAACCAACACACGGAGCAGCAACAUGGAGAAGUUACGUAUCCUGCGCCUCGAAGGUCUCGGGCUGGAAAGUGUCUUCGUGCGUGGACACUUUGAAGAGCUGCACCUGAGAGGGAAUCGGAUCGUUAAUCUCACGAUCACAGGCAGUGACACUUACAGUCUUAAGGUGCUCGAUAUGAGAAAGAAUCAGUUUGCAAACGUCACACAGCUUCAACCGUUCGAGAGGAUGGUCGAGCUGAAGCUGGACGAUAAUCAGAUCACCGUGCUAGCGCUGGAACCAUUCUCACGGAUGACCCAGCUACGGCUACUCUCGCUAGCUGGUAACAGGAUAAAGCAGAUUGUCCCCAGCCUGAAACCAUUUGAGCUCGGUGAGUUGGAGUACUUUUCAUUGGCUCGUAAUGAGCUGGUUAGUUUCGGUACGGCCAAUUGGCAACUGCCUUCACUCAAGGAGCUACUGCUGAACAACAAUCGGUUGGUGGAGCUGCCGGAUAUCAUCGAUUUUGAGCAGUUCUUUAGCCUGGAGCAACUCGCUCUAGGAGAGAAUGAUUGGAGUUGCAGUUGGCUCGAUCGAGCUCUGGGUAGCGUGCUGAAACCGGAUAGCGAAACUAGCAUUAAGCUAGACGUCGGACCAAACACCGAAUGUGCGUCCGAGAAGGUAGCCGGGAUUUGCUGUAAGUUCACCAUAUCGUCUAGUAAUGUUGACGCUCCCACCACCGCCAGCGGUGAGCUGUUUGUGCAGGAAAUUCGUCAAGCGCGGCAGCAAUCUGAGAAGCUCACGGCAGUACAUGAUGAGUUCGUUCGGAGCUGGAACGAGCGACUGAAGGUGCUACAUACGAAACUGCAGAACAUGCUAGUGGGCUUGAUGGCUGAACUGCAGGUCAAUAAACCUGUCACCGUACUGCAGGUGAAGCAGCUAAGCGAGGAUUUGGAAGAUUUGAAGAAGCAGCUCAUAUCGCUGGAGAAGGAUGAGCACAUGCGCGAUCAGCUGGAGAAACGCUUGGGCCAUUUCAUGAUCGAAAUGAAGAACAAACUCUUAAACCAAACGAUCGAAACCGAUAAACUGUUGGCGCAGGUGAGCGAGUUGCGGUACAGCUUCGACAAGCAGAUCAUGGAACGCAAUUAAGGAAAAUAUGAUAGAAGAAUAGAAGAGAAAUAAUUAAGGAAAAUAUUACACCUGUGUAGCGUAGCUGUUGUCUAGAUCUUUAAUAAAGUUUUAAGG